AGGUAGAGGGGCGGAAUACAGUCCUCGGGGCCGACAUCCAUCCUGAGCGUACACCACUGCUCGCCAUCAACCCGAACCCGAAUCCCAACCCCAGCCCCAACCUCCCCAGGCCCUGCUCGCCCUCGACGCGGCCAUCGAGCGGCUCGCAGUUGAGACGGUCGCGCAGCUCGGCCUGCUGGAUGAGCGCGAUCGCGGUCCGCUUGGCGGCGGUCCAAACGGCGAGCCGCUGAGCUUCAGCAGCCGAGGAGACUUGAUGGUGGCCGUGUACCCGGGCGGCGGCUCCUUUCACCGCGUCCACAUCGACAACGCUGAUGGCGACGGCCGCGCGGGGCGGGACUUUGGCCGCGUCCUCACUUUCAUCUACUUCUUGAACGCCGGGUGGACAGAGGAGGACGGUGGCGCGCUCAGACUGCACAUCCCGCGCGCGUGCGAGGAGGGCGGACCCUCUUCGGACGCUGCCGCCGCUCGCGCAGCGGGGCGCUCGCCGGCCGUUGAUGUGAUCCCGCGGCUGGACACCUUGGCGGUGUUCCGUGCGGACAGAGUGAUGCACGAGGUGCGGCCGUGCCCGGGGCGGCACCGGUACGCAGCGUCGGUGUGGGUGACGUGCGGCGGGGGGUAAAAGUCGGUUACCUCGGGUAUAUUUCUU